CAAAGCUAGAUUAACUGUAAGCUACAGGAAUUAUGCUUCCCGCUCACUUGCAACUAUCUCGUAUGGAUAAAGAAGAUGCCGAAGAUUCCUCUGACGAAACGGAUGAGGCCCGACGCCAUCAGCAGCGUUUGGAAUUUCCGGCCAAGUCCGAGCUUUCUUCUAUAAUUCCAAAGCACCCUCCGCUGGGUUUAACGGGAGUCUUAUGUGAUUCCCACAGCAUUACUAUUCCUCAGCGUGGCGUACUACACUAUACCGUAUUCCGCCCGCGCAAUCUGGACGAUCAAAUGCCCCCGCCGCUGGUGUGCAUGGCGGGAGGCCCGUUGAUGCCUUCUACCUAUCUUUCUCCUUUGGUUCAUUUGAUUACAAACCGAUCCAUCGUGUUUUACAAUCCACUCGGCGUCGGGCAAUCAAAGGCGGACAGCCACGUUAAUCUGACCGAUCUUAAGGGUAUGGUGUUUGAUUUCGAAUGCCUCAUCUCUAGACUUCCCGUAAAGCACUUUCAUCUUUUGGGGCACUCCUUUGGUGGCAUCCUGGCUUAUGAAUACCUAUGCCACCAAGUCAGAGGUCACAGUAUUUUCAAUUGUUUAUCUGUCAUUUUGUCCAGUGCGCCCGUGUCCGUCCAGGCCGCUAUGGACGAGUGCAACGUUUUACUGGACGAAAUUCGGAUCGAACUGGGCAACGAUGGAGCCGAGGAGACGGACGUACAAAACUUGUUCAGCCAACGGCAUGAAUGCCGAACGCAGCCCAUCCCGUUGCCUCUCCAACAAUCGUACCAAAUGGCCGGAUUUUAUUCCAGUCCUAAAGGGUUAGUGGCGGUUCAAAAGUACGUUGCCCGACGUUGGCGGUCGGAAAACGACGACUGCUUGACUACUCGAAACCUGCCGCCCGCUUUGAUUUUGCGGGGUCAGUAUGAUUUCGUCACGAGUGACAUGGCGAACGCUUGGGGUGAGUUGUUCCCUACAUCGCAGUCCAUGACAUUGGCGGGAUGUUCCCAUUUCGCCAUGUUGGAAGACGAAUCCAUGUAUAAGAGCAUCCUGGAUGUGUUUUUGCGAGACAACGAUCCAGCACAAGAUGAUUUCAUCGUACUACCCAACGGCGUCAAAGUAAGGAGAUAA